AUGAAAUCGUCGUACGAGAAGGUUAAGAAAGAAGAUUUUAGUGAGGUAUCAAAGCCGAGCCUGGUCUAUUUUGAGCUUGCAACAUGCUUGAAUAGGCAAGACCGUCUCGAGGAAUCAGUGGAUGCCGCAAAGUCAGCGUUGGAGUUUUACAAAGAAUCUGAGAACAUGAAGAGGUACCAGGAGUCUGUUUGCGACGUCUACAAUUUGUUGGGGAAGUUGUACUUCGAUUUACAGGAGUGGAACAAGGCAAUAUUCUAUUUGGAGAAAGCGGCGCAUGGCUAUGCUUCCAAGCUUGGAAGUAGAGAUGAAAAAACUGUCAAAGCGAGAGAACUGUUGAAAGUUCUGGAAAAGAGUGUGAGGAUUCGACAGGGAUUGGCCGAGAGAUUAGUUAAAGACAGGGAGAAGGCGAAGCCGAAGAAGAUAUAUUAACAGUGUAUCCUAUGAUGCCUGUGGAGAAUGUCCAUUCUAUCCUGGGACCAGUCUGUAUGCAGAACGUAUGUUUUGGUCUGCUCAAUGGGAACAGCGGUUUGCCAAAGCUUGGAAAUAUAUCCGCGAAUAGAUUCAGAGAUUGGAAUGAAG